UAAUGGUAAAAAUUAAAAUUAAUAUCUGAAGGCAGCACAGAGAGGCAGUUGGGUCUGUUGGUCUCUCGUGCUCUUGUUAAUAACCGACCAAACUCACUGCAUCAUGUCGGACGCUGAGGACGACUUUAUGUGUGAUGAUGAGGAAGAAUAUGACUUGGAGUACUCGGAGGACAGCAAUAGUGAACCGGACGUAGAUCUAGAGAACCAAUACUACAACAGCAAAGCUCUUAAAGAAGAUGAUCCAAGAGCCGCUCUUACCUCCUUCCAGCGUGUCUUGGACCUGGAAGCCGGGGAUAAAGGAGAAUGGGGCUUCAAGGCGCUUAAACAAAUGAUAAAGAUCAAUUUUAGAUUGGGCAACUAUGAGGAAAUGAUGACUCGCUAUAAACACUUGCUGACGUACAUUAAAUCGGCUGUCACACGAAAUUACAGUGAAAAGUCCAUCAACUCCAUCCUGGAUUACAUAUCUACAUCCAAGAAUAUGGAAUUACUUCAAGACUUCUAUGAGACUACACUAGAAGCCUUAAAAGAUGCGAAAAAUGACCGACUGUGGUUUAAAACAAAUACUAAAUUGGGUAAACUGUAUUUUGACCGAGAAGAUUACACAAGACUCUCGAAGAUAUUGAAACAGCUCCACCAGUCGUGUCAAGUAAGUCCUGAAACGGAUGAAGGUGAGGAUGACUUAAAGAAAGGGACUCAACUUUUGGAGAUAUAUGCCCUAGAGAUCCAGAUGUAUACUGCCCAAAAGAACAACAAAAAGCUGAAGGCCUUGUACGAGCAGUCACUUCACAUCAAAUCAGCAAUACCCCAUCCCCUCAUCAUGGGUGUUAUAAGAGAAUGUGGAGGGAAAAUGCAUCUUCGGGAAGGUGAAUUUGAGAAGGCCCAUACAGAUUUUUUUGAAGCUUUUAAAAAUUAUGAUGAAUCAGGCAGCCCAAGAAGGACAACUUGCCUAAAGUAUCUUGUUCUAGCAAAUAUGUUAAUGAAAUCUGGCAUCAACCCAUUUGAUUCCCAAGAAGCAAAACCCUACAAGAAUGACCCAGAAAUUUUAGCAAUGACCAACUUGGUGGCUGCCUACCAGAAUGAUGAUAUUAAUGAAUUUGAAACUAUUCUAAAACAAAAUCGAUCAAAUAUAAUGGAUGAUCCAUUUAUCCGAGAACACAUUGAAGAUCUACUAAGAAACAUUCGCACGCAGGUUCUUAUAAAGUUGAUCAAGCCUUACACACGAAUCCAUAUCCCUUUCAUCUCAAAUGAACUCAAUAUUGAUGCCACAGAUGUUGAAGCUUUGCUAGUGCAGUGUAUUCUGGACAACACAAUUGAUGGACGGAUAGACCAGGUGAAUCAAGUACUGGAGUUGACAAGGGGAGCAGAGGGUGCAGCACGCUACACUGCACUUGACCGUUGGACAAACCAGCUACAGUACCUACAGUCUGUCAUAGUCACAAAAAUGAAUUGAGUAGACGUAGAAAUAAAACAUCAUAUAAUCUUGGCAGAAUCCAUUCAGGGAAUUAGCAUCUUCACUUAUUUGCUCACUAUACCUGUGUCAGUGAAAGAAAAUUUAUCUACAGUAUACUAUAUAUACAUUAAUUUGUAUACAAUUAUUUAUGGUGUAAUCUAUACACAGUUGAAAGCGUAAUGAAACCUAAGAGAAGGAAAUGAUUAAAAGAUAAAUAUAUUUAAAUCUUGCAGCAGAGAACAAAAUUGUAAUGGAAAAAAUAAUGCAAUAGAACCGAAAAGUAAUCAACAAUUAAAUUUGGAACUGUUAAAUAUACUGAAAAAGCUUUCUGCAGAUGUGAUUUUGAUUGUGUGCUAUAAUUGAUAUUACUGUUGAUAUGCUGUAAGCUAAAAAUAAUAUAUUGUACCUUUCUAUAGCUUUGCACUUUCUUUUCAUGUUGUUAUUUGGAUCUAAAAUGUUUAAUUAUUCCCAAAGUCUUAAGACACCCUUCAAUUUUAUACAUAUGUACUGAAUUUGCAUUUUUGUAAAAUGUGAUUCUGAACUAACUUUUUCCUAUCAUUCUACCUUAGAGGUGAAAUGGAGGUAUAGAAGUAGGAAAUAUUUUUUUUUAUAAACAAAAUAAUUGAGGAGGACAUAGACCAAUAAUUAAGUGUCACAAAUGUAAUCUCUUGCUGGUGGUUUGCUUGUGAGGAGCAGCACUAAAAAAAAUUGGGGUUGGAGAGUGGAAUAGACUUUCCAUAUCCCCUCCUGGAAUCAGAAGUGACUAGAAGAGUGCAGAGAUACUAAAUACUGGUACUUUCUACUUUGGGCCACCCCAGUAAGUUAGGGUUGAAGUAAGAUUGAUAAGAGAGGUAUAGUUUGAUUGUUAUUACUACUGUAUGAGGAAAGCCAUAAAACACUUGAAUGCUGUUAAUGAUUGUGGUUUUAUUGAAGAAAAAAUGCAGAGGAGACAUAAAAACUACAUAAGCCAAUAGAGAAUUAAACACUAAUAAAUGCAUUAAUACUUGGGUGGGGGGGGAUCUAAAUCACCAGUUUUAAGAAUUUAUUGUACUCUGAAUAAUCAGGAGUAUAUACAGAGUUUUAGUCUUCAUUCUCAAGAUGUGUUCACACUAUCAGAUUGUUUUGCCAGAAAAUUGAUGGAGAUCAUACCUACAGCCCAGGUACUUGUAUUUAAAUUAGAAUCUGAAACAUAGCCUAUAUUUAUUUAGUAAUGUAUAUUUUAUUUGUUUGAAUGGUAAAUCUGAACAAAAUAUAUAAACAGUUUUUAAACAGCUCUAUUAAAGCUAGUUAUAAAUAA